CGUCUUGGCCGUGCCGCCGAGCUCGUCCUACGGGCCACCAACCCCUCCGCCCACACAGUGGGAUAGAACUACUUCCGUUCUGCUCUUUGCAUUUUGCUGUGCCCGAGCAGCCCGAGUUUCGGUCCGCCUGCUGGUUCGGGUCAAUUUCGGAAGUGCCGUUAUCGUCGUUGUUUCACUGCUUCGGAAAUAAGCGCGUAGUGUCAGCAUGUCGAGUGCCGGUGAUGAUGGAAGUGCCAACAUGACUGGCCCUUCGUGAAACCCGGCCAACGCAGCCUCCGGCUCGCCCAAAGCUGCAGGAUGAAAUGUUAGUUCUCCCAGUGGAGAUUGGAGGCAUGGCAGCCAGCUGCUGCUGCUGGUGGGUCGUCGGCUGGCCAGUGCUGCAAAGUAACUGACCACGGAGCCAGGGCCUUGGUGGCGGUCAUGCGCAGGCACCGCCAGGCAGCCCUGCUGUCCCUGGUGGUGGCUGUUCUGGGCAUACCUGCACUGCUGCUGCUCUACCUCGAUGGGAAGAGCCAAGCACCUGAGGACAGUCUACUUGGAUUCACAAAAAGAGAGGCAGUCCUUGCUGAUCGGGUCCGAGAGGUUGAACAACAGAAUCAAAUGUUGCAAAGACAACUCAGCCUAUCACGGCAACAGCUGAUGCAGCUGAUGCAGCGGGAGGCACACAACGGCUCCGACGUCAACCUUCUGCCCUGUCCCACCCGCGGUGGUAGUGAGCUGCCCGAGGUGCCCAAGUGUGAGGUGCUCCAGGUGGCCAUUGUAUGUGCUGGGUACAAUGCCUCCCGCUCAGUCAUCACCUUGGUCAAGAGCAUCCUCUUCUACCGCAAGAACCCCCUCCACUUCCACUUCAUCUCAGACGCCGUGGCACACCUUGUGCUGCAGACACUGUUUAGGAGCUGGAACAUGCCUGCAGUGGAGGUGAGCUUCUACCUAGCUGACAACCUACAAGGAGAAGUGUCAUGGAUUCCAAACAAGCAUUACUCUGGUGUCUAUGGGCUUAUGAAGUUAGUACUGCCCAAGGCUCUUCCGGAUAACCUUGACAAGGUGAUAGUACUGGACACAGACAUCACUUUUGCAUCAGACAUUGCUGAGCUGUGGAGAAUAUUUCACAAGUACACCUCCAAACAGGCGAUUGGUCUUGUCGAGAACCAGAGCGACUGGUAUCUAGGAAAGCUAUGGAAAAACCAUCGGCCUUGGCCUGCUCUCGGGCGAGGUUUCAACACAGGUGUAAUUUUGCUGCGACUGCAAAGGCUACGUGAACGCAACUGGAUGCAAAUGUGGAAGCUUAUCGCCGAGAAGGAACUUAUCAGCAUGUGGUUUACUUCAUUGGCUGAUCAGGAUAUCUUCAAUGCUGUGCUAAAGCAGCACACUGAGCUCCUGUUUCGUCUGCCAUGCCAGUGGAAUGUACAGCUGAGUGACAAUACUCUCAGUGAGCUGUGCUACUCCGAGGUGCAGGAGCUAAAAAUAAUUCACUGGAACUCACCUAAGAAGCUCAAAGUCAAGAACAAGCAUGUUGAGUUCUUCCGCAACCUCUACCUUACCUUCCUCGAAUAUGAUGGCAACCUGCUGCGACGCGAGCUUAUUGGUUGCAACGGCACGACUUCCUCAUCUGCCGGUGUACAUGCCUCUCACGUGCAGGAUGCUUUGAAUCUGUUGGAUGAGGACGACCCCUGCUAUGACUUCAGGAGAGCAAGGGUUGCCCAGCAUCGCACACACCUCUAUUACAUUGAAUAUGACUAUGAGCCUUCUCCAGAGGGCAAUGAUGUCACGUUGGUUGCCCAGUUAUCUAUGGACAGGCUUCAGAUGGUAGAAGCAGUUUGCAAACAUUGGGAAGGGCCAAUAAGUUUGGCAUUGUACAUGUCAGACUCUGAAGUCCAACAAUUCCUGAGCUACACUCUGAGCUCGGAGAUUUUGCAAAGUCGCAAGAAUGUGGGCUACCACAUUGUCUACAAAGAUGGAACUUUCUACCCUGUGAACAUGCUGCGAAAUGUUGCUCUGCAACAAGUGAACACACCAUUUGUGUUCCUGACCGACAUUGAUUUUCUGCCUAUGCAUGGCCUCUACGAGUAUCUGAAGCGGUCUGUGUUUGCUUUGGGUCUUGAGUCUUCACGCAAGGCACUGAUAGUGCCUGCAUUUGAAACACAGAGGUACCGACUGAGUUUUCCAAAAACAAAGGCAGAAUUGCUUUCUAUGUUGGACAUGGGUACACUGUUUACCUUCAGGUACCAUGUGUGGCAGAAGGGCCAUGCACCGACAAACUAUGGGAAGUGGCGGACGGCUACAACACCCUACCUGGUGAACUGGGAGCCUAACUUCGAGCCCUAUGUGGUGGUCAAAAGAGAUGUGCCUGAAUAUGACAAGCGCUUUGUGGGCUUUGGUUGGAACAAGGUUUCCCACAUCAUGGAACUGCACGCCCAGGGCUAUGAGUUUGUGGUGUUACCCAAUGGAUUCAUGGUGCACAUGCCACAUGCUCCAUCGCUGGACAUUGCCCGCUUCCGGUCAAGCAGCCAGUACCGCAAGUGCCUCUCCCUGCUCAAGAGCGAGUUUGCCAGGGACCUCUCGCUGCGCUAUGGCCGCACUUUUUCGGCCGCACCUGACCGCCGUCGACGCAGGUGAUUGCCCGGUGUUCGCCAUUGCCGCUGUGUCGUGGCCAGGUGCCCCGCCCCGUCGUCUUUCUGACAACCAAUGCACAAGCCAGUGCUGAUUGUCUCUUCAUGGGAGCUGCUGGCCAAGUUUGGUAAGAGCACGCAAGGAUGUUAGAACCAUGUGGCUCAUUGCUUGAUGGAUUGUCAACUAUGUGUAUGUUUUUAGUGUGGUGUGCUGCAUUUUGGUUCUUACUGAGGCUGUGUUUUAGGGUCAAAGGUGUACUGCUAUUAUGGCAUUCUGAAACGCAGAGCAUAAAAUAUUUAGCUGGGCCCCCUGGUCUUUAGUUUGACAGACGGGGUAUCAAGAGUAGAGAAAUGUAAUUGUGGUGGCAAGGGAAGGUUAAGCAAGGGAAUUGGCAAAUUCAGACGUAUAGGAUGAAUAUGUCUGAUGGAGGAAAAGGUUCAUUCAUUUGCCGAGUAUUGGGAGAGGUCUCUGUCCCACAGAGAUUUGUGGGGAUGACAGUGACCAAUCUAACUGCGUCUGACCCAUUUCCAUAUGUAACCAGCUAGACUAUCUAGGAACUAGCCAAAAUGAACUGCCACCAUUUGGCAAUGGGCUGAUAAUCCAUUUCAUGCUGUCACUUAGGUAUUUCCAUCUGGACUAUGAAGGCUGAAUUGUAACUUUGCUGGCUUAUGGCAUCUUGCUCACACUGCAGUAAAGGUUCAAUGAGUUUCAUUUGCACAAGGGAGUGUUAAACAGCAACAGUACUCAACGGAUUGUCAUGGACUAUGUACUCUUGGCAUUGUUAACUAUUAUUGGCCUGCACUCAAAUACCGGAAGGUCUUGAAAUGUCUUGCUUGAAACUUGGGACAUAAUUAAGGUGCAGUCUCUGUCAAAAGAAACGAGGUCACUAGUAGCAUGAGUGUUGCAGUCUUGGCUGUGUCGUGUUAGAUCUUGGAAGUCCCAGAUCUGAAAAGCUGAGAAAGUUGAAAAUUGGGGCUUACCUCCAUGUCCAGAAUAUUCUAUUAAUGCAGGUGCAACAGGAGGUUAACUGGGUGGUCUGAGCUUGCUACAGUCAUGUACUCAGUGGCUAAGGUAUGAAACUCCACAUUUCAGCUGUGUUGUUGGACAACAGUGGCUGACAUAGCAUAUUAGAGCAGACAUCUAUCAAACUAGUCUACAUGCUUCAGUAUGUCUAUGUUAAUUUGCUGCUCUAGUUCGACCACCACAAAGAAGCACUGCAUCGCUGUAAACAGGGCAGUCUGCCAAUGCUGAGAGGUUUGUUCAUUUGGUUUGUUCUUGUGUGCUCUCAUUGAACUCGUCAGUUUCUGUGCACAUGCUCUGUCGCCCCAAACUCAUCACAGCAGCUUAUUUAGACAAUGCAGAUUCUGCAGACUGAGUUCAACUUAUUAAAUCCAUACUGUGUGUAGUGACUACAGCAACUUAAAAGUCAAACAUCAUCAUUGCUUUUCUCUUUGCCUAUGUUAGCGUUGUCAUCAUCACUGUAUCAUGCUUGUAAUAAAUAUAAAGAAUACUAACUAAGGUAGCUGAAAGUAAACGAAGUAGUGCCAGCUCAUUUUAGAUACCCUUUCCCUUGGCCAGUGCAAUAAUUUUAUUUAUUUAUUUUUUUAAUAAUGUAAAAAUUACCACAUCUGAAGAUGUAAUAAUGGCACUGCCAGACAUUCUUUGGUAGCCUGUGCAUCAAGUUUUAAAACUGUGAGGACUGAUUCUAAUGUCGCACACUUUGGAGUUUUCACUUAAUAGGUGCUAUGAAAAGGUUCACUGAAUACAUCAGAUAAUACAUGCAAUAUAUGCCCACUUCUACUUGAUGCAAUCUUCCUGUUUAAAUUUAUGUAUUGUCAUGAUUUGCAAGAUAUGCAAUAUUUCUUUGUGCACACAGAAACUUGUUAAAGAAUUCACAAGGGCAAGACGAGGUUCCUUGUGCUAUGAAAUAGUAUUUUACCAUCAGAACAUUUUUUUAACUGUUCACGCAAAAUAUGUCAUAAAAUUUUUGUGCCUUUAUUGAGGCAUCUAUAUUGGCUGCCAUCAUUCUCACGCUGGAUGGUAAAUCGUUGCUAUUAGCCUGAAAUUAUCAUAAGCUUAAGCAAGGGGCAAAAAGAUAGAGAAGUUUAAGAAGCGCUUACCGUAUUUACUUGAAUCUAACGCACACCUUCUUUCUAAGAAAAUGGGUCCAAAAAUUCCCUACACCUUACAAUCGAGUAUGAAACCAAAACCUUGUUCAUGGCAUUGGUAACAGAUUACCAUCAGAGCCACAAAACACAGCGUCAUCGCUUGAUGGUGACGGCAACAGAACCUGUUUUCAUUAAAGUAGUUGUGGGUUCAGUUUGUGCUCAACUACAAUCUGGAGCAGUAUUCUCUGUCGAUGACUUUCAAAGAUACUAUCACUUCCGCAAAAUUUCACGUCACUCGGCACCAGACACGUCUGUGUACAUGGCCGCCAGCUCGCUAUCUGCGCACAGUGCCAGGAACGCUUUCGAUAGCAUGCUUUGACGAGUCCGAUACAGAGUCUCACGAAGGGAUACUAGCAGUAUCUCAUGAAAGUGAUCACCACUCGAUAAUAUUGCUCCUGUGUGGUCGGCAUCUGUAACUGAUAAAGUACAUAUGGUGACAACGAUGCGCUGCUUUCCUCACGAAAGAUUUUUUUUUUUUUUUUCGCUCGUGAAGAAAUAUUCUGCGUGUCUUCUUUUCUUCCUGAUUGUGAAUGUGGAGGGUAUGCUAUAGUAUAUUUCUUUUAUAAAUCAGGGGCAUGUUACCUUGAAGUGCACUUUUAUUUUCUUACUUAAUCUCAUGAGAAUUUGCUGCACAUUAAGAAUCUGGUAAAUACUGUAUUUCUUUUUUUCUUUACGACCUUGGUAAAGUUUAACUAUUGCUAGUAUUUGAGUAUGACAUGUUGCUGCACACAGUGCUACUCGUUCACAUUAUUUUGGUUUCAAUUACAAAUUUGAGGAAAUGGCAAAAGGUGAGGAGAUCCACCAUAUGUGUAGAAUCACUAUUUUUUUUUUUUUAAUAACAAAUCGCCUUGCACUUCUUAGCAGGGCAAUUUUCUAUCAAAAGUGUCCCCAGUGUACAUUGAUGGGGUGGUUGAUUGACUCCAGUAUACGUCAAUGUGCAUCAAAACCCUAAUCAAUGCACCUGAAUGCUCACUUACAUGCACGCAUAUAUGCUUUGAGUGCACAUGAAGCUUUGAAGAAUUUGAGCCUGUGGCAUUAACUACCACUAUCAGGGGAACAGAAACACUACUUUUCUUGACAUCAUCAAGCACCACUUAGGUCAAGCAUUCCCGUCCGUCCAACAGGCUUUAUGGAGAGUUGCAAGUGAAAUGCUGAAGGGAAGAAGUUCAUUCUGGCAUGUACCUUCAUGAAGAUGGUCGUUAAAAUUUAUUUCUUCCAGAAAAUGCUGUAGUGAUAUUUAAGUAUCACAUGGUAUAGGUACUUAUUGUAUUAUUUAGCUUGCAAUCACAUGGUCGCAUCUGAAACACGUAUACUAGCAUGCUAUAAUUAAUAAAGGGAAAAUCAGACUUCCACCCGUUUGUAGCAAUUGCUACAAAGGAAACCCAUACGGGUUCCUCGAAAGAAAAGUCUCGCAAUUGAAGAAAAAUGCUGCAUGCUAUAAGUAACUAAGCCUGAAGAAUCUACAGCACUGUUGACUUUCUUCUAAGAAAUGUUAACAUCCGCAGUUAUGCGGCAGAAAAAUGAGCCGAUUAUGUUCAUUUGCAUGUGCAUUCAUUUUUCUUGCUUUGCUUCACAGCACGAAGUGAAAUAAGAAAUACGUUUCCUUUGGCUUUCAAGAAUACCAGAAAAUUCCCAUCAUGUUCAUGUGGGAAUCUUUGAAGGGACACUAGAAAGAAACGCUAAAUCAGUUUUGACUAGUAAAGUGUUUUUUCAAACUCCAUUUUCAUCAGUUUUGUGGUAACAGGUGAAUUAGCAAAAGAGACGAUGAAGGUCAGAGGUAAAUUCUUAAAGUUUAGCUCUUAAACCCUUGCACUUGUACAGUGUGACAUCAUGAAUUUCAAUAUAUUUUCUUGUAUUUGAGCCGUUAUGGUGCAGUACAAGUUCUUGAAGUUUGCCGAGUUCAAUAUUUGGUUCCUAUAGAAUAAAGUUAGUCCCUCUUUAUUGAAAACAUACUUACUAAUCCGAAGCAGAUGCCAUCAAAAUUCAUGAUGUCACGGCAAGCUGGUGUGGGAACCUUAAGGCAUCAUUGACAACCAUCUUUAAUUUUUGUCUCUAAGAAGGUAAUUUAAAUUUACCAAUACAGCUCAAAUUAUAUUCUCCCUUUAGUGCCCCUUUAAGUAUAUCCAGAAUUUGAGAGUGCAUAAUUGCUGUUUGCAGUAGUUAAGGCAGUCAUAGUCACAGAAAACUUUUUUUAUUUUAAUCUUAUUGCAUUUUGUCAAUGCAUACAGACCAGACAGCUGCAGCUUAUCUUUGUGCUUUUGCCAAGCAUUGCCCUAUUUAAAGAAGACCUCGUUACCUUGCAUGAGCACGGUUUCCUGUAGAGAAAGUCAAUCUUAGAAGUACAGCUGGAAGUUUCUUGCCUUGAAUAAUAGUAGUACACUACUUUGAUAGUGCUCCUGAAAACCAGUCUGGUAUGAAAUUAACAAGCAUUUUUACUCCAUCUUGAAUGGCGAAUGUGUUGGCUGUUAGUUGUCGUGAAUGUCAGUGGAACGUGAAUAGGUGAAACCUAAAACUUGCAAAUACGUGGGCUUUCAUGGUUGUUUACACAGUGCUGUGUGUUGGCUACUACAGUAGCUGCAUGAAAUCAACUUUCCAAUUAUUUUGAUGAUUUCAUUCACUUAUGUUUUCGUGGACCAUUUUUUUAUGCUUCGGCAUGCGCUCAUUGAGUUAAAGUAAUCACAUCAUUUUUGUCGCAUUUAAAUUUUCCAGCAACACCAUACAUUGAAAGACCGCUUCAUGCCACUUGUUCCCUUUUUUUUUCGUUGUUGUUGGCGACAUACAAUUAAUCAUGCUUCUAUUUGCAUAGGCAUACCUUCCCCCCAUCACACAUAAUCAGCCCCACUGAUAAUGUCUGAAUGCUUGUGUAUUUUAUUUCGCCCUCGAUCUUGGCUUUCUAAACCUUAGCUGCACUAACUUGUCUAAAAAGAAGAAAUAUACAUAAAGAGCUCUUAUCUUAAUGGAGGAGCACAGUGCCUUGAACCUGCCAAUAUUUUUCUUUCUUUUAAAGUAUUGGCACUGAUUGUCCUUCGUUAGGAGCUUUCUGAAAGUGACUUUUCCUGUAUGCACUACUAGUCCACAGGCUACACUGUUUGACUAGAACAAAGGAACUUAUUUGUUUACAUCAGUCUGUCAGUGUCGUUAUCUGCCCUCACUGCAGUGUCAUAUAUUGGGCAUCCUUAUUGUGAUUACUGAUAAGGGAUGUGUAUCUGAUAAAAAUCUUUGUUCCUGCUACUUUUGUUAACAUACAUUGUAUUUGGGCAUAAUGUUAUUAUGCUUCUAUGUAUGUAUGUGUGCUUGCUUUUUUUAAUCUUUGUCAGUAGCUCACAAUAGUUCCUAUGAUUUUAGUCUCCAUCUCUGUGUGCUCGAAGUAGUGCAUGUUCCAAACAAUGAAUGUGCUCUGAAACUGAGGUGCACACUUUGUGAGCAAGUGGUUUAGCACACUUGAGUUUGUUUCAAGGCUUCUCGCCUUUGAAUGAAAAAUGUGAGAGGGUGUGAAGUUGAUAAUAGUAUAUGAAUUAUGCAUGAAGCUUACACUUGUUUUUUACAGCACUGCUUGAGUGGUUCAUCUCGCAACAAAAUGUCACAGGGCCUUUCUUUUUGUUCGCUGUUGAAGAUGUCCUUUUUUUUUUUACGUUUGCACCUGUGCCAUCGCAACUUGUUACAAGGCAGCUGUUGAUGCUCGAUGUAAAACUCCCAUCCACGAAGUAUUAUGUUUAAGUUGGUGAUUAUCGAGUGACAGGCUCAACGUUAAUGUAAUGCUACUGAACACGCAACUUUUGAGCCUAUGCCUAAAUGCACUCGAUGGUACAGAGGAUGAGAAGAAAGUUUAUUUGAUAACAUAGCUGGGAUCUGUCAACAAGUCUCCUAAAUUGUGGCCGUUUCUUGUUUUCUAGAAUUGGAAAAUGGCACUCAUUGUUUGUGCACAUUAUAGCCAUCGCUCUGUGGCAGUAUUGUAAACGUGUUGAGUUGCAUCUAGCAUCCCUGCCAUGUAGCGUUUCAAUCCUCAUUUUUCAAUUCCUCUUGCAUCGAACGUUUGAGUGCAGUCAGAGGAGGCGGAAUGAUCAAAUGGACUAGCUUUGAAGUCACCCAUGCUUGAACAAUAUGUGAAGCAGUGCUCAGACUCCAUUGAGUUCGACCUGCAUUGACUCAAGCACACUCGGAUGUGCCAUGUGACAGGAGUAUUAGACAAGCAUUUCAUAUGUAUUAGCUUCUAAAAUUGCUCAAAUCAAGCAGCAAAUUAAGUUAAGUUUGCACUCAAGUUAUCAUUUGAAACCAAAAAAAUUUAUUACCAUAGUUACUGUGGAAUCUCAACAAUAUAAUAAAAAAUAACUAUAAGCAAAUACACAUACCGUAUAGACUCAUGUAAGGACCACACCUAUGUAAUGGCCGCACCCCCAACUUGGCAGCCCAAAAUUAAACAAAAAAAAAAAUUCCUACGGAGAAGCCAUCAUGUUCGGUGCCCCAAUGCCAUGCGCGCACAUUGGCAAAUUUUCAAGUGCUGCGUACUUCCACAUGCUGCUCCUAGAUGGCAAGAGCUGCACAUUGACCUCUGAUCAUGGGUGUGCACGAGUCAAGGCCACACUGGCAACAUUUUGACCAAAAGAUUAAUUCCCAUGUAAGGGCCACACCUUGUCAAAAUUUAGAGAAAAAAGAAUGCGGCCCUUACACAUGUCUAUACAGUAAACAUAUAUCGUGAAGAACUUAUGAUCAAGGUUAUAAUUCAAACGGGUAAUUCGCUAUGUUAUCUUGAGGAAGUUGUAAACUUGGAAAAUCAUACAAAGCAGAAACAUCAGUGAGGCUGUGCCAUACAUCUGGUUGCAGAUUACAAUUUUAAAUAUGCUUAUUAAAUGCACCAGGCAUUGAUAUGCAAAUGCCAGCUGUUUGUUGAUUGAAAGUGUGACCAUGCAGUUCUUUAUGUGGAAUGUAAGGGUAAAUGCAGUUGACACGUGGAGUGAACUCACGCAGAAAAUCACAGAAUAUAAAUUUGCUUAGUGAGACAAUGUCAUUUUAUUGUACCGGUGCGUCGGAUCAGAUGCAAAAAAGAGGGAGAUCUUGCCUUUGAUUUUCUCCACUUAUGGCCAACCCUUUUCUGCCAAAUAAGUCCAUAUGGAGUCCCGAAAAGAUGUUUCACAAGGCUAAACCAGCUUAGCAUUGCUUUUUAACAUCUCUCUUAUCUCUCCGUUUUGGGAGACUUGCACUUGGUGCAGCCCUUUUUUUUUUUCCAUUUAAAAAAGGCGGGGUGAUGAAAUUAGGAAAUCCACAGACGCUAUUUGGAAUUGGUUGGCGCAGGACAGUGGCAAUUGGAGAUUGCAGGGAGAGGCCUUCGUCCUACAGUGGAUAUAAAAUAGGCUGAUGAUGAAUUUAAAAAUAAAAGACAUUCUUGUGUUCUAUGGCUACUGAAUUAGAACUGACGAUCAGGUUUUGCCAGCUUCCUUAAUAUACACGAAAAUAAAUCAAUGAAUCACUAGCAUCAGAUAAACAUAAACAGCUUUUCAUGACUGCUUAUUUCGCUGGACAUGUGAUUGGGUAAAAUGAAAGCAGCUGUAGAUAUGUCCGUAAUGCAAUGCAGAAACUCUGCACGUCUUCACAGCGUGUAUUUUCCUGGCCCACUGUUGUCCGCACAGUUUUUGUUUUUUGUGCCAAAAUGCGUGGUCUGUGGGUGUUGCAAGUGCUAGCAUCUAUCUGCCAGGACAGCCGCACCUAUUUUCGUUCCAGAAAAUAUUAAGUCCUACAUAGCUCUAUAGACUAGCUUGGUGAAUCGUUCUGCAGUAUUGAAUGUGUAUAGGUCGUGGCUAUCAUUAGGAGUGCCACUCUUCGCACUUUUGUGAGUAAGCCAGAUAUCUAUCUGCACAGGCUCGAAUGGCUGCCAACGGGACAAAACAAUGCAGCGCUUGACUUGCUGUUUCUGUGUUUGUUCUCAGCUACCUUGCAGUAAACGCAUUACUUAUGCAGGCAAACGACAGCAACAUUUCCUUGUGUGGAAAGGGUUGUACGGGUGCCAAAGUGAGCAUUUUGCCACUUAGAUUUGCAUUGUCUAUUACCGUAGAAGAAUUCGUGUCAACUGCUUUUUGUGUAGUAUGCCACGAUAAUGUCUCAUGGUAAGGAGAGUGCUCUAGCUGUAUAGAAUUCUCACUGCUUGUAAAUACAAUGCAUUACCAUCAUUUUUAUUGGAAAGACUUGCUCUGAGCACAAUGUUACUAAUGGGACAGGACAGCCAGUGAGCUAAUGCGGGUGUUUCUGCGGACAAAUCACUUUCUUUCAGAAGUCAAUUACGCACCUUUUUGUUGAAGGUAUUCCUUCUCAGAACAGUGUUCACUCAGUGUUCGUUAAGUGCAUUUCCUGUUCUAUUCAAGUGUAGGAACGCUUGUUUAGGCACCUUGUUGUUACCGGUGCUUGAUGUACACAUAGAACAUUAAUAUGCUUAGCCAAAUUUGUGCGAGAAAAUUAUACUGUUUUAAGUUUUUUAUGUUCGUAACUUUCUUACUUCUUGUUCUUUUGUGCCAAUAAGAUUGGCGAGGAGAUGUUUUGCUUAAUGAUGUAGCAUCAUUGCAGCUGUUUUUGUUUGUUGUCACUGUAUACAUUUGUGGCACUGAGUGCAUUUUUGCAUGUUUAACAACAUGUUUCAUCUGCACUCUUAUUUAUUUCAAACCAGAGUAUGCUGUAUACAUGCUGCUUUCUUUUUGUUGAUGUGAUCUAUGACCUUCUACUUUUGUUAUUCUCUUCACCCUUUUUCAUAUUUUUUUCUCUCUCUAUCAUGUCAUUGGUUAAGCGAUCAGUAUUUUAUGUACUUAUGCCAUUCUGACUACUUUUUAUUCAGUACCAUUCUUUCCGUGAACAUUGAUUGCUCUGAUGUCUGUGCACAUACUUUCAUUCAUAUUCCAUUCAUUUUUCCGGCACUGUACAUCCCGUUUUGCAUCAGGUUCCAUUACUUGCGUGUAAUGCAAAGCAUUGCCAUGUAUAAUGUGAGACUGCACUUUCGUUUUGUCUUGCUCAAAGUUUAUAUUGACUGGAAUUAACAUGCAGUCUGUCUGGCACAGUGCUGUGUAUUUUGGUUUUGCUAUUCAGCGCACAUUUUUAUUUCUCAGCUCUCUGUUGUGACAUGUUUUUGCAUUUGUUGCAUACUAGCAGUAACAGUUAAUUUCCCAGUUGAUUAUAUUUUCUGCCACUUUUGCCACAGGCUUACGUGCACAUUUGGCAGUCAUCUUUAGGUAGUAGUUAUGCCUGUUAAACAUGGCUUCCCAUGUCACACUUCUUACAUCAGGUACAUGGUUAAUUAUUUCAGUGGUUACUAUGGAUAUAUAUAUGCCCAUAUCAAACAGGGCAUAUCGAACUGCUUAGAAUAAAGGAUGCCAGCGUGUGCAUGGUUAUGAGAAUUACCAACUCAAGACCUCAAGCUUUCAAGAUUUAUUUUUUGUGCAAUGCAGCUUUCUUGGUAAAAAUUCAAAACUCUAAGAGAAACUGACAUAGCUAUUAACAGCAGUUGCAGGUACCAUCAUUAUGUAGAGCUGUUGGACAACAUUGUGCUUAUUCUAAGUGACCAUUUUUUUUUAGGUGUACUGUAUGGUCUUUUUCCAGGCUACCACACCUUUUCCACAUUCCAUUAAAGGAAUAAAAAAAAGUUAUGACAAUAAUGUCUGUGGACAUGAGAAGUAAGGCACAGUUAAACUAUAAGCAUAACAAGGUUUACAUCAGCUUGUGCUGUGGUGUGACAAUUUCCUGCUUACUUAGAAAUGCAGCUGCACUUAUAAACAGCUUGAUUGUGUACUGCCUCCAAGUUCUUUUUUUUUUCCUUGUUCUAGUCCGCCAACAAUGCUCUGUGGCUUUGCCAACACAAUGCUCUGUGGCUGUGCCUCGUUAUUCGCAUGUUCCUGUGUUUUGCUCUUCAUCCUUCUGGCUUUUUUGUGAUUGCCAGCAACAGUGCAUGGACUUUUUCAUGUUCAUAAUUCUGUUGCAUAUAUUGCUAGUGAUUGUAUAGCUGUUGAUAUAAGUGGUAGGCACAAGGUGCUUUCUUAUACAGAAAAAAAAAGAAAAUAAAUGUUAUAUGAUUGAAACAAACAA